AUGGGGCCCACCUCUAUUAGAGAGGUGGUACAAUUGUGUGGUGGUGGUGAAAGAGAUGAAGGUGAAGGUGGUGUUGGUGAUGAAGGUGGUGUUGGUGAUGAAGGUGGGGUUGGUGGUUGUGAUAGUGGUGGUGGUGGGAUGGCGGUUGUGGAGGUGGAUGUGGUAGUUGUAGUGGUGGUGGUGGAGGAUGAGGAGGAUGUGGUGGUGGUGGUGUCGGUAGUUAAAAGAAUGCAUGCAUUGCAUUUUUGGCUUUUGCCUUUUUUUGUUGGUUGUGGUUAG